AUGCAACCCUCACCGGAAUCAACCCCGGACUUCAAACUCGGCCAGCGAGUCCACUCCGCCGGCGACCCCCGCCGCAUCGGCACAGUGAGGUACUUGGGCCCCGUGGAAGGCUACUCGGGCACAUGGGUCGGAGUCGAUUGGGACAACAGAGACGGCAAGCAUGAUGGGUCCGUCAAUGGGAUCAACUACUUCCAAGCAACCUCCCAAACAUCCGCCUCCUUUGUUCGGCUCCACAAUCUCAGCUCCGGGAUCUCGUUCCUGCAAGCUCUCGAGCUCAGAUAUCGAGGCCAAACCACCCAAGAAGAAGAGGAUGAAAUGUAUGUGCUUUCGGCGAGCAACAAGCGUGUGAGUGUGGAACUUGUUGGUAAAGAGAAGAUUCAAGACAAGCUGAGCUGCUUUGAAGAGUUGACGAGUGCUUCGACGUCUUAUUUGGGUGUUAGCUCUCCUGGAAACCCAUGUGAAAUCGGUGCUGUUGUGCCGAAUCUGAAGGAGCUUGACUUGACUGGAAAUCUGAUUUCAGAGUGGAAGGACGUUGGCACGAUCUGUGAACAGCUGCCUGAUCUUGUUGCCCUCAAUUUAUCUUACAAUUUAAUGUCACAUGAUAUUGUUGGGUUGCCGCCAUUGACAAGCAUCCGUAUUUUAGUAUUAAACAAUGUUGGCAUAAAUUGGACACAGGUAGAAGUACUCAAACAUUCAUUACCAGCAAUUGAAGAACUACAUCUUAUGGCGAAUAAUAUAAGCACAAUUAAGCCCAUGUCUUCUUCAACAGUUCAGGGAUUUGAUAAUUUGCGGCUACUGAAUUUGGAUGACAAUUGUAUAUAUGAAUGGAAUGAAAUCUUGAAACUUUCACAGCUACCAAGCUUGGAGCAGCUGCAUUUGAACAAUAACAAUUUGAACAAUGUCUUUUAUCCUGAUGCUGGUGUCAUGCUUGAACUGCUCAAUGGUCAUGAGUCACAUGAAAAAGGCCACAAGCCAUUUCAAAAUUUGCGUUGCCUCCUUCUUGGAGGCAAUAACAUUAAGGACCCUUCCUCUGUUGAUGCGCUGAACUCAUUCCCACAAUUGGCGGAUGUCAGGCUUUCUGGAAACCCAGUGGCUGAUCCAGGACAGGGUGGUACCCCUAGAUUUGUUUUGGUUGCCCGCUUAGGAAAAGUUGAAAUGUUGAAUGGGAGUGAGAUUACUUCUCGUGAAAGAAAAGAGUCUGAGAUUCGGUAUGUCCGGUUAGUUAUGUCAAAGCACGGAAACAUUCAAGAAAUCAAGCUGCUCCACCCAAGGUUUGCUGAGCUCAAGGCUCUUCAUGGUAUUGAGGAUGAAAAGCCAUUGGUAGGAGGAGCAGGCCCUCAGAAGAUGGCUACAGGACUUCUAUCUGUUACUCUGAAAUGCGUGGGAGCAUCUAUGGGUGAAAAGCCCUCAUUGGUGAAGAAACUCCCAGGCACCACAACGGUUGGUAAGCUAAAAAUUCUUUGUGAAAGCUUUUUCAAGCUGAAGUCUAUGAAGUUGAAGUUGUUUCUUCAAGAAGAGGGUUCUCCUUUGCCGAUGUUGCUCGAUGAUGAGAUGGAGAGUUUGACGGACCUUGGGAUUGGCAGUGAAUCCACCAUUCUUGUGGAUGAAGAGAGUUGAGAGAAUCCGAAGACUUUGGAACAAUACUAAUGCAGAUUCAAAGGUGUAUGUGAAAGUUAUGACAUCUUCCCUGAUUUGCAACACUUUCCUUUUUGCAUGUGCUGGGGUGAUACGCAAUAUUGUACGCUUUUCACUGUUUAUUUUCAUUUAUUUCGCGGUCUCCAGUAUAUAUACUCUGACAAAAACAACUGAAAUAUCCACUAUAGGUUUUCUGGUAGCAUCAGCUAACAGGAUCAGAUUUUGGCAUCUCCAAAAGCUAGAUAGUUACUCCAAUCAGACGUACUGCGACUUUCACUCCGAGACAACAAGGGUGGCUGGAAGAAGUGACAUGCAUUCAUUUGCG